AUGUUUCGGCAAAUUCGGGUUCACCGGGACGAUUGGGAUUUACAACGAAUUCUUUGGGUGGAUGAAAACGGGAACACGGCUCAUUAUCACCUGACUACAGUCACCUACGGGACACGGUCAGCUCCGUUUCUCGCGGUACGGGUGCUACUCCAACUGGUAGCAGACGAAGGGGAGAAAUAUCCGGCCGCAGUCGCUCCUCUUACAAUGGGGCGAUAUGUGGACGAUAUUUACGGGGGGGCUGACCAAAUUUCGGAACUUCUCACCCAGGCGCGACAUCUCAUCGGGAUUUGCACGGCGGGCGGCUUCCCGCUGGCAAAAUGGCAGAGCAACAGUCCGGCCUUACUCACAAAUCUGGGGUUCGGGUCGAGUCCGGAGGAUUCACGCUCAUUCGACGAGUGCGAAACAAAAGUUCUCGGGCUCGCAUGGUUUCCGGGGCCGGACGUCUUCAAAUUCACCUCACUUCCGUACACGGGCGGGCAAAGCAUUACCAAACGGGUCAUACUCUCGGAAAUUGCUCAGAUCUACGAUCCUCUCGGGUUCCUCUCACCGGUGGUCAUUCGGGCAAAAAUCCUUCUACAACGGUUGUGGCUGGAAAAACUCGCUUGGGACGACCCCGUAUCCACGGAGGUCGGAAAAUCAUGGGUCACACUUCGUCACGAUCUGGCUCACCUCGGGGACAUCGCGGUUCCGCGGUGGCUCAACAUGACCUCGGAUUCCACCGUCGAGAUUCACGGGUUCUCUGACGCCUCACAGUUGGCAAUGGGUGCGGUCGUGUACGUUCGGGUUACGGGUCCGGGAAAGAGCACCAGAACCGCGCUGGUCUGCUCGAAAACGAAAGUCGCGCCGAUCAAACGGCUCACCAUUCCGCGGUUAGAGCUCGCCGCCGCGUUAUUGGUCGCCAAACUCGCGAAAUACGUUCGGGAUACGUUGCAACUCCGGGAUUCGCGGGUAUAUCUGUGGACGGACUCCACAGUCACGCUUACAUGGGUCACCUCUCAUCCUUCACGAUGGAAGGAUUUCGUUCGGAAUCGGGUAUCCUCAAUUCAAGAGCUCAUUCCUCAGGGUCAAUGGAGAUUCAUUCCCGGGCGGGACAAUCCGGCGGAUUGUGCUUCACGGGGACUAACCGUCUCUCAGCUCGAGCAAUUUCAAUUAUGGUGGAACGGGCCACACUGGUUAGUCAAAUCAUCCUCACAUUGGCCAACUCAUUUCACCGGGACGGCAGAUUCAGCGGCGCUCGAAGAGCGGCCAGGUCUUACGCUCACUGUCUCAACGCAACCCUCACCGGUCUUCGACCUCAUUCAUCGGUAUUCCUCCCUCACCAGGCUGUUGAGAAUUACUUCAUUACUUUUCAAGGCGCUUACAAACCUGAAAGGUGCGGGUCAGGAUUCAUCGGGCUCACUCCUCACACCGGGAGACCUGGAACACUCACAACAAUACUGGGUCAAGGCAAUUCAAGGGGCCUACUUCGCGACGGAGCUCAAGAUUCUCUCGGCGGGUCAAACGCUUCCGAAGUCGCACCCAUUCACACGGCUUACGGCGUUUAUUGAUUUUCACGGGACCAUACGGGUGGGGGGACGGUUGAAGCUCUCAGCCUUACAACCUGAGAGCAAACAUUCAGCCAUCCUCCCGCGGGACUCACCACUCACGCGUCUACUCAUCUCGGACGCUCACACGCGCACGCUACACGGGGGGACGCAGGCAACUCUGGCGUUUCUGCGCCAGCGGUACUGGAUAAUCGGAGGUCGGGCCCCGGUUCGUUCCUUCAUACUGCGAUGCGUGCAUUGCGCGCGCUUUCGGGCGCAUCGGGCACAGCAGCUCAUGGGCCAGCUGCCUUCAACACGGGUCACUCCAGCACGGGCUUUCUUAUUCACCGGCGUUGAUUACGCCGGGCCAGUCUUUCUCAGGAGCUGGCGGGGACGCGGGCACAAGACUUACAAAGGCUGGCUGUGCAUUUUCGUCUGCUUCACCACUUCGGCGAUGCAUCUCGAGGUCGUAACUGACGCCACCACUGACACAUUCAUCGCUGCAUUCCGCCGUUUCACCGGGAGACGGGGUCACGUGCAUACACUGUACAGUGACUGCGGAAAGAAUUUUCAAGGCGCGGAUGCAGAGCUACGGAGACUUUUCAACGGCGGGACUCGUGAAUCGCAACAGCUGGCGCAGUUACUGACCAACGACGGGACAAAGUGGGUUUUCAACCCCCCGGGCGCACCUCAUAUGGGCGGGAAAUGGGAAGCAGCGGUGAAAUCGGUCAAGUUUCACCUUCGGCGGACGCUUCGGGAGACCAGCCUCACGUUCGAAGAACUUACAACUCUUCUUACGCAAAUCGAGGCUGCGCUCAACUCACGACCGCUGCAACCACUCUCAGAAGAUCCGGACGAUCUCUCCGUACUCACCCCCGGGCACUUCCUCAUCGGGGACGCACUCACGGCUAUACCUGAGCCAUCACUUCGGGAUGUGAACCUCACUCGGCUGGCACGGUGGCAACUCAUCCAGGAACGGGUCCAAUACUGUUGGGAGCAUUGGUCAUCGGGUUAUCUCCAGCAGCAGCAAUCCAUCUCCAAAUGGCAUCACCCCUCUCACCAAAUCCGGGUUGGUACAAUGGUGCUGCUGACUGACGAGAGUCUACCUCCGCUCAAAUGGCCACUGGCACGGGUGGUCGAGGUUCAUCCGGGACCGGACGGGCUCAUUCGGGUCGUCACCAUUAAGACGGCGACCACGACACUCAAGAGGCCGAUCGCCAAACUAGCGGUCCUGCCAAUUCAUCCGGGAGAUUAA